AUGGAACCAACAUAUAAGUCACGUAUUCCUGAAGAAGUUGUUGCUGAUAGUUGUAUUAGAUUUAUCGAUUUUAGAACUAACAAAAUUGAAAAAGAAGAAGAUAGAAAACAAAGAAUUCAAAAGAUGAUUCAAAAAUACGAUGUAAAGGAAGUUUUUAUUGAGAAUAUUGUGACUGUUUUUAAUCAAAUUGUCUCAGAUUUUAAGAAAAAUGAAAAUAAAACUGAAGAAGAGAAAGAUAUACCAAUUUUUACACAAAAACAUAUUAUCGAAAUGGUUGAGACAGUAAUCCAAUGGGGGGUCAUUCCAAAUUUAACAAAAAUUCAUGUAGAAGAAGAUGAUGAAGAAUUUAUAGGGGAAAAUACAUUUAUUAUAAAAAUAAACCCAAAAAGAAAUACUAACAAACUAAAACUAAUCAUAGAUUCAAUACUACCAAAUAUUAAAAUAGAAAAUAUGAAUAUAAUAAUAAAAGAGUAUAUGAAAUAUAUUUAUGCAGCUAUUCUUGACAUCGGACUAGAUCAGUCUGAAUUAAAACCCCUUCGUCCUUUUUUCGAUCUUGAAAUAAGUGUCAAAUCUCUUAUUCAAUUAAUUAUCCAAAAUACAGAACAAAGAAAUAUUAUUCAAAAAGAAUUAUUUUAUCUUAUUACUGAAUGUAAUGGAUUGAUAUAUCUUCUUAUAUAUUUUUCUGAAAAGGAAUUUCAAGAAAUACCAGAGGAAAUGGCAAUGUUUAUUUUGAACCAACUUUUUAUUAAAGAAGAUCAACCAUUAUUUUAUUCAUAUGUACUUAAUAAUUAUCAAAAUUUAAUUGACUCAAACCUUCUUCCAAAAAAUGAAAUAAAUCUAUUGUAUUUUAUUGUGUUACCAGCAUCUCAAUUAGAAGACUGUAUGAAUAAAAAUGCUAUUCAACCUCUAAAAAGAUUAAAUCAUAUUAUUUGUCAAAGAGAGUUGACAGGAACAAAAUUCUCUUUUGAAGAACGGGAACAAAUUCCUAAUGAAAUAAAAAUAGUUGAGUGUUUUAUUAAUGUUGCAAACGUGUUAUUUGAUGAUUUUCAACAUAAACUUAAACAAACAGAAUUUAACAAUGAAAUGGUUAUAAGUAUAAUUGAGUUGGUCAAGUAUUAUCAUAAUAGUAUUCUUUUUCAAGACAAUGAAGAAGAAAUAAAGAACAGUAUUAUUUCAUUAAGUUGUUAUUAUUUCAAAUUACUUGAAGAUUAUUCUGAUAUUAUCAAAGAGAUACAAAAGAAUGAGUCUAUCAUCAAAAAAGAGGAAUUAGACCAUGAUAUUAAUGAAAUUAUUCAGAAAAUAUAUUUAACUUUAUCUCAUGAACAACAAAUACAAUUAUUACUUAGCUGGAGUCAAGUUAUUACAACAGAAAAUGAUUGUAUUAUUGUUAUUACUUUAUUAAAUAAAACAAAACAAUUAAAAGAAAAUUCAACAGAAUAUAUUAACAUAUUUCAUAUCUUAUUAGAAAAAUCUCCAAAUACUAAUAUUGUUAUGAAUUAUAUUAAUUAUUUAAUGGAUGAAUGGAAAAAUAGUACAUCAAUUAUUUAUCAUCAAAAUACUAUUAAUGAACUUUUACCUUCUAUCAUUGAAAAAGAUGGAAGCAUGUAUUCAUCAAUCAUAGAGUUUUUAAGUAUUUUACCAUCAAGUACUUUAAAAAGUGAAGAAUUAGAAAGAGAUAUAGAAAAUAUUACAAAAAAUAAUGAUAAUGAUAAUAUGGUUCUUCUUAAUAAAUUACGUCUUGAACUAGUCAAACAAAAAACUCUUCAUUUUAAUGAAGAGAAAAUAAAAAUAAUAAUCAAAGAUAUAAUAAAUGUUUUAUUAUAUAACACUAAUAUUACUUUACAAAAAUUAUUAAUUUCUAAUAUCUCUUUAAUUUCAAUUCAUAUCAAUCUACUUCCUUAUUUACUUCCAUUUAUUAAUAAAAUAGAUUCAGAAAAUAGUGCUAUUGUUUUCAUUGAAUUAAUUAUUUCAAUUCUUUCUGUUAAAAGAAAUGAAGUUAUUAAUGAAAUACCUUCUUUAUUAAAUUCAUUACUUUCAAUUAAAAUUCCUCACUUAUUUCCUUAUUUAUCAAUGGUUUUUAAUUAUUUAUUUGAAUUUAUACCAACUUCAAUAUAUAAUUCUUUAGUAAUAACUUAUUUUAUUAAUUUAAUAGACUUUUGUGAUUUCAAAGAAGAAAGUAAUGUUAAUUCUCUUCUUCACUCUCUUCGUUCAUUGACUGAUGCUAUUGAUAUUAAUAAAUGGUUUAGAAUUUAUUUCAUCAGAAUUUGA